UACGUUAUGACGUAAACGAUGACUGGGACGCAGCCACACGUGAGGCGAGUUCCUGCGCUGAAUUCAAAAGUGCAGUAGUCGUUCGCGAUUUGUUUACCAAAUUCUACUUUUGAAGUUACUGUAUUUAGAAUGUCACAUUUAAAUGCUAUUUCGGCUUUUAAAAGUGAAGUUACGUCUAUUUUGGACGCAUUGGUUAAGGUUGCCACGGUAGACAUUAUCAAACUUUUCGAGAGUCGUUUCAUAAUAUCUCAUGGUGGUGGUCUAGAGAGGAAUCAGUCUCUGUGCAAAGACGCAGAGACCGAGUGUGACUAUAGGGAAGUCGGAGGAAGGAGUAAGCGCACUGUAGCCGUGCAGGUCGGAGGAUCGGAAAGAAUGGAAAACGCUUUGGUGCAUAAGCAGAAGACUUCCAGUGCUGAAGCUCAAGAUGGAUUUUUUUUGGAAAACUGCGCCAGUGAGGUACCGCUACCUGGGAACGUUAUUGAGAUCACUGACUACGACCAGGAUCCAGUUGACAUCAAAGUUGAGUGUGCUACUUUCGAGUGGACAGACCCCUACUCCUUAUCGGUCAAGCAGGAGAUGGUGGAAGAUGAGCGAUGGAGCAGUGGUGUACAGGGAAAGGAGCCAAGCAAAGCAGAAGGUUCCCCUGAAAUGACCGUAGUUGACUUGGGUGCGUCUGUGUCCAUCCUGGAGGAGACGCACGUAAUUGCCCUUUCGGCAGACGGCCUGGAGGGGAAUCGCACGCAUUCCGGGGAAAAGGAUGAAGCUGCCACGCAGAGCAAAGGUCCCCCGCGGCUCACGCCUUACUGGGUAGCUGAAGACCCUCCCUGUACUUCAUUAGACUGUAACCGUGGCAAAGGUUACGUUGCCGGGGUCAGCUAUGAGCCGGAUCCCUUAAAGAAAGUUAUUGUCAUUCCCAUGCCUGAUUUAACACGCCCACACGGAAGAGACACCGAAACUGAAUCCUCUUACGGUACAUCCAGCUUUGGUGGCAGUAUUGGAAGAGGAACCUCGGUGCAUACCUCGUCUUCUUCGAGCAGCCCCGAUGUGCACCAGACGCCUCCAGAUCCGGAGGCUGGAAGCGGGAUGGGGAUGGACUCCUCCGAGCUUCUUAGUCAGUUAAAGCCGUGCUCAGUGCAGUUAGUCAAUGUGAUGUCAAACUCAAAAAUGGGCACCAAGAGGCAGAUAUCUAAGUGUGGGAAGCAGGCAAAUGUGCCGAAAGACAUGCGAGUGCAUCAAGGCCUGCACACGGGGAAGAGGCUCUGCUGUUUCACGUAUUGUGGGAACGGCGUGUGGCGAGUGCACGGCGUGCCGAGCCAGGCGAAAUACUACGAGUGCGAUCAGUGCGACAAGAAAUUCAAGCGCAGGAAGAUGCUGAAAAGGCACCAGCGUUUCCACACGGGAGAGAGACCGUACUCCUGCCCAAAGUGCCUGAAGAGAUUCAUGUUGCGCAAGAGCCUCCGAAGACACGAGAGGUUUCACACAGCCUCCAGCAUAAUCUCCAGUCCCCCACAACCCUGCAUAGGACAAGCAGAAUUCGAGGAAGUUAGCAGCUCCCUGAAGAAGCACGACAGACUGCUGGCCCAAAUAUACUACAGGCUCAACAGAAAUGCGUUGGACCCCAACUCAGCCAGCCCAUUCCUCAGGAUCUCAGACGACUUUAUGUCUGUCGAGCGGGAAAAUGACCGGCUGCCUGUGGACCCACACCCCCACCGAUUUGACAGAUCACCCCAGGUGCUGACCGCUCAGUGUGUCUCCACCGGUGUCCACUACUGGGAGGUGGAGGCCGAGGGUUACUGGGAUAUCGCAGUGUCCUACUCCAGCAUCGAAAGGAAAGACAAGACUCACUGCACGUUUGGCAUGAACAGCAAGUCGUGGAGCCUCACACAAAACAAAAAGAAGCAACUGUGUGCUUUUCACAGUGGGGUGAAGGUAGAUCUGCACAAUAAGGUCCUGUCACAAAACAGGGUGAUCAUUGCCGUUGACUACGAGGAGGGUGUCAUUGUCUUCUGGGAUGCAAAGAAGCUCCAUAAGCCCCUUUACACUUUCACAAGCAGGUUUACUGAACCAAUAUGUCUUGGAUUUGGCCUGUACCAGAUGGAUCCUCCCACCAGAAUCUCAAUCAGGAAUACUUCAUAAUCAAGAUGGUGAGAAUGAGAUACAUUGGUACGUAACAUUUUGUAGUCGAGAUCUUAAAUGGGAUGGUUUACUACUUUGAAUAUUUUCUAAUCAACCCAAAGAACACACUGGAAGUGCUAUAACUAGAGAAUCCACCAUAUCGAAACUGUUACCCUCUAAAGUAACAGAUUUUUAUUCUAAGCCUGGUAGAUGGACCAUCUAAAAACCAUUCCACGUCUGAAUUUGACAUGAGGAUCUUGAACUACAAAAUUGCCCUACAACAGGAAAGUUUUGAAAGCAACAGAUGUAAACUUUGACAUAUUAUCUUGAAAGAGUUUGUUUUUUUUAACUUUUCCAGUGGGCUAGUUCAUUCUAUGGUGUACCUAACCUUAAAGUUCAUUCUGAAAAUAUGUCAUACAGAACACUGAAGCCCUAACUGAACAAACCAUUUCCAAAUGUGGGUGUUUCAUACUUAACACAAAAUUAAACCAGAAUCCUUGCUACCUUGGCUGAUACACUGGGCUGUAUAGUUGGCCCUCCAUAUCCAUGGGGUUCCACAACCAUGGAUUCAAUGAACUGCAGAUCAAAAAUACUCUAAAGAAACAAUAAAAUCCAGAAAGCUUCAUAGAGCAACAUGAAUUACUACUAAUCAACAGUAAUUACAUAACUAUACUAUAAGGUAAAGUGUUUUUUCCAAUAUUUUGACUUUUGUAACAAAAGGAAUUAACAUGUACAGCUAAAAACACGUGAUAUACCGGGUUAAGGGUUUGGGUUUG